CCGUGGUUGCCGUGGCCAGCACGAAACCAAAUUGCCAGUAAAGAGGCGGCCAAUGCCUCGAUCUCCUGUUUGCGAGGAUUACCUGAAUGCUUCAUUCGUUGCCGACACAGUACCUUAGGCUCAUCAACAAACAAUGCCAGCUGAAGUUAUCGAGCUCCUAUCGAGCUCAGAAGCUGGGUCUCCUCCAAAGGCCGCGACUUCCGCGAGACAACAAACAUCUCGGCAACCGCAGACUGCAAUCUGGGCCGAAAACACAAAUUGGCAGUGGCCGGAUUCUGACGCGUCCGCAGUCCGCCCAGCCCGAAACCAGGAACCAGAUGCGUCGGUAUCAAACAACGAUGUCUGGCUUCUCUCUGACGACGACUUUGGUUAUCAAGGUCGUGGCGACUCGAAAGGAGACACGUGCGUAAACGAGCCAGAACGAAAGAGACGUCGAAUAGACCAAGAAAGCCAAGCCCGUUCCAGUAAAUCAGGCUUUGUUGCUGGCCCAUCUCAACCUCUCCGACCAACCAGUCCUGGCCGCUUAAACCCUACAGACAGGGUACCUAGACAUGCCAGCCGUUCCCCCUUACACGCUGGACGAACCAAGCCGCAGUUUGACUUCUCGAGUGAACCGUUCACUAAGUCUUCCCCGAAAGCGAAUGAAAAUGAGCAAUCGGAGCCCAAGCCCAACCGGUCAAGACCACUCAUUGACGACAUCGACGACCCUUUUGCGAGCCCUCCGCCAGAUAAAGGAGAAGAGCGUAAAAGUAUUAAUGCCGAGCGAGUUGUCAUCGAUGAUAUCGACCCAUUUGCCUCCAGCUCUCCUGCGCCCAUCAAGCGACCACCAAGGCUGCCCCAGAGACCGGCUCCGUGGGAUCCCAUCUCGAGUUCCGCCCCUCUUCCGCCUUCGUCAAAUAGCGGUACGACUAUUCCAGCACCUCAGUCCCGGAGGACCCAAUCAGAAGUUUUCACUCUCGAUGACUCUGAUGACCAAGAUUCAGCGCAAUCAGAUUCUGACGACGAUUUUCCCGAUAUCGACGGCCUGGUCGGAUCAGACCAGGGGCUCAAGUUGCCCGUCUUAUCAAAGCCCCCACUGAAACCGAAGGCAGCCGUGAGAAGGUCUACCCCCACAGAACCUAAACUAAGCGCCGAGGAGAAGGUGAGGCGAAGGCAGGAGAAGGCUGCAGCGCGAGUGGCAGAGAAGGAGCGCAAAGCGGAGGAAAAGAAGCGUGAAAGGGAGGAAAAGGCUCGAGAGAAGCAGAGAGCUGCCGCCUUGGCCCAGGUGAACACGAUACGGACAGACAAGAAGAAGUCCACACCAGAGAUGAUCGUCGACCUUCCGAGCACACUUGACGAGACCGUAAGGUUACAAGCCGAAACCAUACUCAAAGACCUUGAAGUGGAAUCCACCUCGUGGACCAGUCCCCUUGACAAUGUUGUCAAAUGGCGCCGCAAGGUCAACAGCCAGUACAACGAGCAGCUUGGACAUUGGGAGCCCGUAGAAAAGCGCAUUGAUCGUGAGAACUACGCCAUGGUGAUCCUCACGGCAUCUCAAUUCGUGGACCUAGCCCUCGGCAGCGGGGCCGCAGACUUGGAAACCCACGCGCUGCGAAUGCGCCGCAACUUCCCAAACGACACCAUAAUCUACCUGAUCGAAGGCCUUGAUCUCUGGCUGCGCAAAAACCGCAACAUCCGAAACCGCCAAUUCGUGUCUGCCGUGCGCAGCGGCCUCGAACCGCCACCUCCACCACCGGCAACCGACCCCCCGACCUCCUCCCAGCAGCAAGCCCGACGACGCAAACCCACCUCAGAGAAACCGCACGCGUACAUCGACCAAGAAACCAUCGAAACGGCCCUUCUGCGCCUGCAGGUCCUGCACUCGCCCUCGGUACUCAUCCACCACACGACCGUGCCGCUGGAAACCGCGCGCUGGAUAGCCGUCUUCACGCAGCACAUCAGCACCGUCCCCUACCGGCGGCAGCGCGAGGCGUCCAACAACACCAAUUUCUGCAUUGAGACGGGCCAGGUGCGCACGGGCGACUCCCCGCGCGACACGUACCUCUGCAUGCUGCAGGAGGUUGGGCGCGUCACGGCGCCCAUCGCGUACGGCAUCGCGGCCGAGUACCCCACCGUGUCGCGGCUGGUUAAAGGGUUGGAGAGGGACGGGCCCUUGGCGCUCGAGAAGGUGAGGAGGUGCGUCGACAAGGACGGCGGCGUCGGCGAUCGCGCCGUGGGCCCCGCGGUCAGUAAGCGGCUGUGGAAAAUCUUUACCGGGAGGGACGAGGCGAGUACUGAUGUAUAGCUCUUCCUGCGUUAUGGUAUAAAAAUGGUGGAGGGUUGUAGUAUAUCAAAGAUUCUAGAACGGUGGCGGUGUGUGUGUUGAAUAUGGUGCCCCUUUGCAUCUUAUGGUUCCAUAUCUGUAUUAUGGGGCUUCUCUUCUGUUGACAUAAUAAUAGUGGGCGUUUAGUCAUAACUAAUCUAUCAUAAGAAUACCCAUAGCUACCGCUCUACCCUCGAA